GUAGUUAGGAUGGCUUCUGUGCAAGUGUUUUCGAGCAAUUCUGUGGUUUUCCCGGAUGAGACCUGCAAAGCUGUCAUAGAAGUGAAGGAAGGAAGGAUUCAGCGCGUCAGCCGACACACCACCGACGUGUCAGCUUAUUCGGAAAGCCAGAUCACCCGGUGCGGAGACCUGGUCCUGAUGGCGGGGGUCGUGGACUCGCACGUGCACGUGAACGAGCCCGGGCGGACGGCGUGGGAGGGCUACUCGUCGGCCACGCGGGCGGCGGCGGCGGGCGGCAUCACGACCAUCGUUGACAUGCCCCUCAAUUCGAUUCCGCCAACCACAAGCAUGGCUGCGUGGGCCGAGAAGAUGGGCGCGGCGAAGGGGCAGUGCUGGGUCGACGUCGGGUUCUGGGGCGGCGUUGUCCCCGGAAACUCUUCCGAGCUGCGCAAAAUGGUCGACAACGGUAUAUGUGGAUUCAAGUGCUUCCUCAUCCACAGCGGAGUGGAUGAGUUCCCGAGUGUGGAUUAUGAAGAAGUUGAAGAAGCUCUCACACAGCUCUCGACCACCUCUUCUGUUUUACUGUUCCAUGCAGAGUGUGACAUCGGGCCAUCUGUGACUGAUUCAGAUCCAUCUGAGAAGUACAGUACAUUUCUGAAGUCUCGCCCACAAAAGAUGGAGGAAGUAGCAAUAGAACAAGUCAUAAGUCUCUGUGAAAAAACAAAGGUCCGGUGUCACAUCGUCCAUCUGUCGGCCAGCAGAGCCUUGCCCAUGAUCCGGUCUGCUCAGAGUCGAGGCGUCCCUCUCAGCGUCGAGACGUGCCACCACUAUCUCUCUCUCAAGGCUGACGAUAUCCCUGAUAAUGCCACUCAGUUUAAGUGUUGUCCGCCCAUUAGGGAGGGGGAGAAUCAGGAGCAGUUGUGGGAAGCAGUGAGAGACGGUACUAUCCAGCAGGUAGUAAGUGAUCAUUCCCCCUGCACCCCUGACCUGAAGCUUCCUGGAAAGAUGGAUUUCAUGGAAGCCUGGGGUGGCAUUGCGUCGGUGCAGUUUGGUCUGUCUGUGUUCUGGACGGAGGCGAGCCGGCGGGGCUUCUCCCUCCAAGACGUCGCGAAGCUCCUCUCCGCCGGCCCGGCGUCCCAGGCCUCUCUCGCCGACCGCAAGGGAGCUCUGAGGGAAGGCUACGACGCGGACUUCGUUAUCUGGGAUCCAUCGAAGACGUUCACGGUCCUCGAAUCAAUGAUUCACCAUAAAAAUAAGCAGAUUUCGCCUUACAUUGGGAAAACCUUGAAAGGGAAGGUUCACAAGACUGUUCUCCGCGGCACCGUCAUCUAUGACAAGGACAGCUUCACGGAGUCGGCACCUCGAGGCUCCUUCGUGUUUGCUUCGAGGAAAAAUAAAAAUACGAGUAUGUUGUAAGAUCAGGCAGUUGCUUUGGAUUCGCUCAGAGCAUGAUGUGAUUUCUGUGUUUGUAAGCUGCUUAGACCCUGGUGUGAGGUUUUCUCUUCUGGAAAUGAAUCGACGUAUAUUUUGUUCGUCCAAUAGCCACUGAGAUGGUAUUGAGAUGAAACAUGCAAUGAGCGGUACUAUUUUCCAUAACUGCGAUUUUUUGUUAUCUGUUUUAUUACUGAAAAAAAAGAUCUCUUGCCAGUGAAAACGAUUAUUAUCAAAAUUCUGACCAAAAUUUGUAUCUUUUGUGUAUUUCCCUUAACUGAUUAUUCUGAAAUGGAAUCAUCGCAUCAUAAAGAAUGCUGCUGUCUAUAUUUACUGGAUGAAGGGACUUAUUCUGUAUACAAAAUGAAGGACCUGUUAAAGAGAUCAGCAUGUCACUGAAUAAUAAAUAAAAUUCAUA